CUACUGAUAGUAGUAGUGACCGUCCGCCUCUUUGUGUUUUCUUUUCUCCUCUUUCUCUCUCUCUCUCCCCCUCCUCGCCUGACUUUACCUCCGACCGCCUCCGGCGUCAAUAAUUUUUCGACGACGAACUAACAGGUCGGGGUCUCCAUCUCCGACGGGGAUUCACCGUCCCCUGUCCCGUGUGCAACCCUAUUACCUUCCCUUUCACUCGUGCUUAGUUGGCUCUCCCUCGCAUUAUUUAUUUAGCAAAACAAAAAACCCAAAAUCUCUGCUACUGACAUUCUUGGAUACCAAGAUUAUACUUGUCGAAGCUCUCUGAUUAAAAAUCAGUUGAAAUGCCAAGUUUGGAUGAUUAGAGAAGAAACCCAGAACGUGUAAUGAACUGCUUGUCGCAGUUUUCGUCGCACAUUGAAGCAAUAUUCAGAAUCAGUCAUUUCAGAGCUCGGACUUGUUGGUGCGGAGCUUAUGCUUCUUCUUCAUGGAGUAAUAAAAGAGUCGACUAUAGUUACCGCAUUACUCCACAUGUCAAUCUCAACUCUUCACUGACCAGUUUUGGUGCUCGGUUUUACUCCUCAAGAAAAGUAGCCAAAAAGGACACUAGCAGCAGUGGAACUGAAACCACGCCAAGGAGAAGGAAAUUGAAGCCCGAUCCAGCAAUGGAGCAGGAGAAAGAUGCCUUCUAUGUUGUGCGCAAGGGGGAUGUCAUUGGUGUUUACAGAAAUUUAAAUGAUUGCCAGGCGCAAGUUGGUUCUUCGAUAUGUGACCCUCCCGUUAGCGUGUUCAAAGGAUACCAUUUGGCAAUCGAUACUGAAGAGUAUCUCACUUCGCGGGGACUUAAGGAUGCACUCUACACUAUCAGAGCUGAUGAUAUGGAAGAGGGCAUUUUUGGCACACUUGUGCAAUGUCCAUUGCAGAUUCCAACUCCUUCAUUAGGGGAAACAUCUACCAAGGAUACAUCCAAAAAGAGAUCACAGCUAGUAGAUGGAUCAGAAGAUAUGGAAGCAAUUGGUUCUAUGUCAACUGAUCCUUCAAGAAAGCAUCUCAAGUUAGAUCAUUCUGAUGUGGGGAAAUUGUCGACAGUGAACAGUCAUUCAUGUAUUCUUAAGUUUGAUGGUGCAUCAAAAGGAAAUCCUGGAAGAGCUGGUGCAGGGGCUGUGCUGCUAUCUGAUGAUGGAAGCUUGAUUUGUAAGUUGCGGGAAGGCCUAGGUAUAGCUACCAAUAAUGUGGCUGAGUAUCGAGCUGUUUUAUUAGGAUUGAGAUAUGCUAUUAAAAAAGGUUUUAAUAGGAUCUCUGUCCAAGGAGACUCCAAGCUUGUUUGUAUGCAGGUUCAAGGUUUAUGGAGGGCAAGAAAUGAGAACAUGUCAAACUUGUGUGAUGAGGUGAAGAAACUUAAGGAUCAAUUUGUUUCUUUCCAGAUCAAACAUGUUUUGAGGGGCUUAAACUCAGAGGCUGAUGCUGAAGCAAACUUGGCAGUCGACCUUGCCGAUGGUCAAGUCCAAGAAGAAUGUGCCACAUAGUUGAAGUAGCAACCUGUAAUCAUUCUUGUUGGUGUGGCAUUCAGAAAUUUAAGCCUCCCCUUAUGUAAUGGAAUUGAUCGAUAUUCAUUUGCUCCAGUAGAUGACCGAUUUCUCAAGAAGGCCUAGUAGUAUUUAGAGUUAGUCUCUACUUCGGAAUCUACCCAAACAAGAAGACGUUCGUAUCAUUAUUUCUGAUGAACUUGAACUUUCUAACUCGGGCUCUUCAACAGUGCCUUGAAUGGGGACAACUAACUUAUGACACAAAGGAAACUCAAAUGGAAAUAGAUGAGAUCAUGAAUGAUGUGAAGAUAACAAUUCUUUCUCAUGACAUAAUUUGAUCCCAGUUACUUUUUUUUCUUUUUUGUCUAUAACGGUGUUCAUUAUAUAGCAAAUGAAAAUAAAGUUCAAACAAUUUGUUGGAAACAAUUUUUAUUAUUAAUAUUGUUGUUAUUA